AUGGACCGAGGCCAGGACGGGCGCGAAGAAGCACAUGAUCCUAGAGGAGAAAUGACCACGGGCGUGGAGAAGACCCAGCGGGAGAAGGGUCGUCGCCUCCGGCUCCUCGAGAUGGACCUUCAAGCGACGAGCUGCAACGAGACGGCGAUGCUGUGGCGGCUCGAGGACGAAGCACGCUCCCUCGAAGAGCACAAGGAGCGUCUCGCAAGUUUACUUGCAGCAGCAUCCACCGAGCGCCAAGCGUGGCAGACCCGACUCGACGCCGUCGAUGCAGCGCGUACUGCCGAGGUGACCACGUGGGCUGCGUUCACGGCCAAGAUGCAAGCCGACCUCAUCGAGUCCGCCGAGACCGCUACGAGCAUGGCCUCGCAAAUCGAAGAGGAGCAGCGCUACAUGGACGCGGUUUUGCAGCCGCAGCGCGCCGAGUGGGCGACCAAGGUGCUCGAGGCCAAGAGCGAGAUCCAAGAGACCAAGUCGAUCCUCCUCGAUAUGGAGAAGAAGAAGAGACUUCUCUUGGGACAGCUCCAGCAAGCGCAGUUAGUCUACAACGAGCUCCGCGCUCGUGAAGAGAACGCGCGCGCCACGUACGACGUCCAUGCGAUGCAAGCGUCGCCGCUCCGUCAUGCUUGA